CCUUUUGUGGUUUUUAAUGUAAAGCUUGUAUGCUCUUACAAAUACAUCAUCAGUGAUUUUAAACAGAAGAUGACAUACUAGUUGAUGUCCAAGACCUAGAGGACCAAAAAUUAAGCUUAAACGUCCCUUAUUUACAACCCCCCCCCUUACAUAAACCCCUUUCCAUUUCCGCACUCAACGUAUAUCUGUCGUCACUAAUAAUUAGAUAAUUAUCGAUAGUUAGCUGGCUGGAGGGGGUGGGCAUAUUUCUUGACCAGGAAGGGGUCUGUCGAUGAUUGGAGAAUGUCGGUGGGUGUUUCAGUGUUUUCCUUAUCGCCGUUGGACUUCCUGUCCGCCGCUCAAAGCUGCCGCUGCUGCGCCUCCAGACACUUCCUGCACCGAGCGACCGCGUCCAGAGCAGGCGGCGACUUGUCGUGAGUGGGGGAGAGACGAGAUGACAAGAUGAGGAACAAAGAUCUUAGGGAAGGAACGUGAGGCGUGACUUAAGGACACUACCAUGACAUAAACUAAGGACCGACCUGGAACCGUCUCCUUGUUUGUCUUUUGUUUUGUUUCUGUUUUUUUAUUUUUUCGUUGUCUCGUUUCCACCUGUCUUACCCUGUGUUCACCCUCUUCUUGUGGAGUAGUAUGCAGGAGCAUUUGUUUGGCUGAAAGUUUAUUUUAUUGCACUACUGUCUAGAGGAGUGGUGUGAUCACUCCUUUGGUCUGCCUCCUAUAUCACUGAGAUUAAAGAUAGCAAUACAGGGAGCAACGGUCUUGAAAAAGCGUGCACUUAUUAUAUCUUUGUGGCAUUAAUCACAUUUCGUCAAACAAAAAAUCAUUACUUGUGUGUUCAUUUAAUUUAAUUGUUGCAGCCUCCUUGUUUAAACAAGGUGUGUUUGUUUGUCUUAUUCAUACUUAAUAGAUCACUUUCAUGAUUUGUCUAUUUGUAUAAUUAUUUCAAGAUUUAUUGUUAAUUCUGAGGAGCUGCUCUGCUAACUUAUAUUGUUAUCACAAUAGGAGGCAUUGGGAUCUAAUGUAAACACUUUUUUUUUUACUGAUGCAAUUUUGUGAAGAACACAUUUGUUUAAAUGACUGAUCUCACCGUGGAAAAUAUACUUUUUAAAGUUCUGCUGUUUUUGAAUACGUUAAAGUUUUCCUCAUUAUUUUCCCCACUGGCAGUAAACUGUAGAAGCUGACGAGUCUUCAGAUCAAACUUUGAUGGGAGCUUUUAACUGACACAAAGAUCAAUCUUUUGCAGUUCCUUUCUUCACUGGAUAAACACCAGAGAAACCUUUCAACUGGAAAAGGUGUUUUAUUCCUUUUCAAAUGAACACAGACUUCUUCAAUGGACAGACGGACAAUGUCUCAUUUGAAUCUUAACACUGAAGAGGGAGAAUGAUUUCUAGGAGUGUUUGGGGGGAAAACUCUGACUGACUGAUUUUCACUUCAAUUCUUUAAGAGCUGCCAGAUUCCUCUCCUCAAGCUUGGCAGACCGACUUUGUCCUGUCGAGCCCCGUCCGCAGUGAGGAUGCGAUCUCCAGAGCAGUCUUCACCUUCCACAGCAGAAGCCCUCCUCCAUGGCCAAUUUGCCAGCUGGGGUUCAGGCAGCAACAAUAACAGCUGCCCCAACAGCCCCGUUGGUCUGGGGGGCCUCUCCCCUGCUCCGGCCUCCAACUAUGCCUUGACCCUCACUCACACACACAUACAUAUUCAGCGGCUGGCGCCGAGGUUGGGGAAGGAGGCCCGUCUCUUGCUGCCUUUAUCGGAGCUGGUGGGGUGCAGCUGCCCUCGCGCCCCCGCGCCCCCUCUUCUGGUGCUGUACUGGUACCCGCCAGGGAAACGACGGAAAGGUGUGUCUCGGCGCAGGCAAGUGAGGGCCUACCUGGCAGAAAGCAGGUGUGAAGCUGAGAGGUGGUCGGCUGCCGUGCAGUGUCUCCUCAGAGGUGUGACCGUCACUGCUGACACAGACUUCUCUAGAAGUCUGCUACCUCGUCCCAGGCGACUCCUGCUAUUGGUCAAUCCCUUCAGUGGGAGAGGCCAAGCGAUGCAGUGGUGUCACACCCACAUCCUGCCAAUGAUCAGAGAGGCCAACAUCAGCUACAACCUUAUACAGACAGAGCGUCAGAACCAUGCCAGAGAGCUCAUCAGAGAGAUAUCGCUCCCAGAGUGGGACGGCAUCAUCAUUGUCUCUGGAGAUGGCCUGCUGCACGAGGUAAUUAAUGGGCUGAUGGAGCGUUCUGACUGGGAACAAGCAAUAAAAACACCUGUCGGCAUUCUUCCUUGUGGCUCUGGAAAUGCAUUGGCUGGCUCCAUCAACCACCAUGCAGGGUAUGACAUGUGCCUUCGGGAGGCCCUCCUUUUGAACUGCUGCUUCUUGCUCUGUCGCGGCGGUGUCCGACCCAUGGACGUGGUUUCUGUGACAACAAGCCCUCCUCCCUCCAUCAACAGCCGUGCUGCAUCACCCAGGAGACUGUUUUCCUUCCUCUCUGUUGCCUGGGGCUUUGUGUCCGAUGUGGACAUUGAGAGUGAGAGGUAUCGGGGCCUGGGCUCGGCUCGCUUCACCCUGGGCACCCUGGUGCGCAUCGCUUCUCUUCGAUCCUACAAGGGUCGUCUGUCCUACCUGCCUCCCUCUAUUAGCGCCCCAUCAACAGAUGACACACCUCCUCUGCCAAGGAGACCCCUCUCCCGCAGUAUCACAGAAGGCCUGGAGGGCUUUUGUCGAACGCCCAUUCAUCGCACCUCCUCUGACAUGGGCAUCAGUGAACAGAGGAGCCUGCGUAAGGGCGAGGGAGAGAGGGAAAAAGAGGAGAGGCAGAGAGAAAGGGAGAGAAGAAGGGAGAGGGCUAGGGGAGGAGGAACUGGUGUCGUGAGGACAAGCAGCCUGGCAGAGGACAGGGAGCGGGAGAUGGAAGCGGAAGAGAAGAGGUCAGGGACAUGUUCACAGAGUUCAGAAUCAAUUGAAAGGGAAGACUGCAAUAUGGGAAAGGUAGAACGGUUGGCCGGGAUCAAGGAUGAAAGGGAAGAUGAGGGUGGGGUAGAGCAAGACUCCAGUGAGGAGGAGGAUAGGGAAAAGGAUGGAGAAGGCAGUGGUGGUUCUGCAGAGGGGGAGAGAGUGUUGCAUGCAAGAGAGCUGGGAGAGAGCAGCGGGGUCGCCACGGGGCGAGAGGCAGAUGACGAGCAACAGGGUUGUCCCGCUCGCCAAGACCGCCUUCAGGAGGCCAGGCAGGCCCUGAGAAAGAAUUCAGCCCCUUCCAGCCAGAUCGCCAACACUCUGUUCAACCAGCCCCUCAGGCAGGAGGCGGACACAGAUCCAGGCACUUCAUAUGGGGUGGAGGACGUGGAUCUGAAUGGGACCUACUACCAGAAGGAACCCUACCAGCUGGACGCUGCUCGUGAGCGAUCGCUCACCAUCUCCUCUCCCUUUCGCCACGCUCCCUUCUCCCACAAGCCCAAGACCCUGGACCAAAACCAGAAUGCUUCUCGUCCGAGACCCCUCUCUCUGCUCCAUCACUCCCACUCAAACUCCCUCCCCCCUAAACUCCCAUCCCUGUCUCUUUCUCCAACACCCCCGUCUUCCCCUUCAUGUGCCGCCCCACACUCUUCAUCCUACCUCGUGCCCCGUCCUAAUACCCCAAAUUCCACCUCGCCCUCUCCAUCUCUACGCACACCGUCCUCGUCUUUUAACUUUGACAUUGCUGAGCCAGCAGGACCAUCGAAGAGCCGUCCUUUUCUCUCACUUUUGAAUAUGCCUCGGGAUGACUUGUUACCUCCCCUCGACCAACCCAUUCCCACCCGAGAUUGGGUCACCAUUGAAGGGGACUUUGUCCUGGUACUGGCCCUGUAUCAGUCCCACCUUGGGGCUGAUCUUCACGCUGCGCCCCAGGCCAGGUUCGACGAUGGGCUGAUCCACCUGACCUUUGUGCGGGCGGGGAUCUCCAGAGCGACUCUUCUGAGACUGUUCUUUGCCAUGGAAAGAGGAAACCACCACUCCGUCAGCUCGCCGUAUGUGAGCCACAUUACCUGCAAGGCCUUCAGGCUGCAGCCUCUGUCUACACGAGGCACGCUGACUGUGGAUGGAGAACUGGUGCCCUAUGGGCCUCUUCAAGCACAGGUUCAUGCUUCCUUGGCUCGUCUCAUCGUUGGUGACUCUGGAGUGCAGAUUACCAGGUUCUAAUGAGAGAUUGGCUGAGCUGAUUGACAGAAACAGCACUCUACUAAAUGAUGUAAUCUCUGUUGUCAUCUAUACUCUGAAAGAGAGGGCGGGGAAUCUGAGAGACUUGAAAUAGCCGGGAAUGCAGAAACUGCUUUUCUGGGAUUUAAUGAAACGGAUAAUCCGCCAAGCCAAGCAUCAUUGGAGCAUGACUGCAGGAAUUAAUCGCGACUCUAAAAAUGCGCCUCAUUGCACAGCUGUUGGAUUACGCGGAGCGUACCCUGAAAAGCAUGAAAACUGCACAGCCUGGGAUAGUUAGAGGGAAGAACAAUCGAAUGUGUAUGGAAUUUAUUUGUGCAGCUAGUGCAUGUGUUGGAUGUAUACAUAGUAGUAUGCAUGCAGAGAAGCACUACCUGAAUUUGUCCUUGAAUGAGAUGGGAAGCGAUCAGAGUCAAUUAUGAGAAAGAUGUUCUUAACCCUUGUGUUGCCUUAGGGUCAUUUUGGCCCGGAUCAAUAUUACACCCUCCCCCCGCCUUUGGGUCAUUUUGACCCGAUUCAAUGUUUCACCCUCCUGUUACCUUUAUAUUUACUAACAUAUUUUACCCUUUGGGUUCAAUUUGACGCCAGCAAUUAAAACCUCCAGAAAAUUAUUAGAAUUAAUAUUGUUUUCCAAGUUUAACUGUGAGGCACUUUAUGUUUGUUUGUUGACUACCGAAAGAACACAGACAUUAAACAUUGAAUGGGGUCAAAUUAAUCCUAAAGCGGGGGGAGGGUGUAAUAUUGAUUCGGGUCAAAAUGACCCUAAGGCAACACAAGGGUUAAACAUAAAAAGCUCUAAAACUACAUUGAGAUUCACUCGAACAAACACCCCAUAAACACCCUAACCCGUUAUCUUCCACCCCAGUGUCUAAAUGUUUGAGUAUAAAAACUUCCGUCCAUGAAAGGAAUGCCUUAUCUGACACAGUACAGCUUUACCUUGGCCCUUACUUGCUCUUACAUGUUUAACCCUCCUGUUACCUUAAGGGUCAAUUUGACCCCAGGCUGUUUUUCACUGUCAAACAUAUAAUAAAUAUCAACUUUUUUAUAUAUUUAAAUGGCUAUUUAGGUAGUCAACAAACAAACAUAAAGUACCUCACACUUAAACUUGGAAAACAAUAUUAAUUUUAAUAAUUUUCUGGAGGUUUUAAUUGCUGGGGUCAAAUUGACCCCAAGGGUAAAAUAUGUCAGUAAAUAUAAAGGUAACAGGAGGGUUAAACAUUGAAUGGGGUCAAAUUGACCCUAAGGUAACAGGAGGGUUAAGAAAAUCAAAUAUUCAAAUGCUGCGUUCACACGACGAGCGGCAGAAGCAACAAAACAACCAACUACCUUAUCGGUGAGUGAACAUUGAAGUUGCUCAAGCGCUCAUUGACAAAGUUGUGUUUCAAUAGCACUGGGAACUGCCAAACGGCCGGGUGAAACGAAAACAUGCGAUUGCUUUGUUGCAUUUUUAGGGCGCUGGAAGAAGUAGCAAGUCCCUCGUGCCGCGUCAGUUCGUUGUUUCCUGUCACCGCCGUCCAAUGAGAAUGAAGACUGUCCCUGUGUCGCUCGUGGCGUGAGCGGAACAUGAGUCUCAGUCUACCGAUCAUACGGUCUGUCCACGACAGCAAAGCUACACUUAACGAGUACGUAGGUGGGUCUAUCGGUUGUCUGUUAUCUUUGAGCACACUACUUUCCACUGUGUUUAGCAUCAGUGGAGAAAAUGUGGAUAAAAAUGUACACUUCAAUGACCAUUUUGUUCAUGCUAGAGACUCCAUGUAGAACAGCUAGAUUAAGCUUUUCAGGGUCAUUUCAUUAGUCGGAGCAAUGGGACUGUUGAACGGUGACUAUAACUGACAGUUCUGCAUAAUCUGCUUGUUUUUCAUCGCCAGUGGCUACACGGCGAUGUCAGACUGCAACAUAUUGAACAUAAACAUAUCUGGACAAAGCAAGCUUCCUUGUCUGGUUUAAGAUCACGUAGAAGUCUAGAAAAUAUCACUGUCUGAGUAAUCGACUGGAAGCGUAGAGGGCUUCACGUGCCUCUGGUUAGUAGUGAGUAGUGCUUUUUCUAUGCACAAUAACUGGAGAUGAGGCAGCACAGAAAAUCACAACACUAGAAUGCUUUUUAACUUUUACAGAGGAACAAAGAAUUUGAUAUAAUGCUUGUUCUAGAAAUGGUUUCACUCGUAUGAAUAGCAGAGUCCAGAUUCUAUAAUAAAUGGAUCACAUUAUAUUCUUAGCCUUAAAGGAAUCAAAUGCCUGAACACUCAAAGCAUUUGAAAGGAACGACUGACUGAAUCAUUUGAAAACUUUAAAAUCCUUCCGACGAUACAAAUUAGGGGACAACGCCAAAUCCAGCAGCUCUGUGUUCUCACGUCGGUCUUUUGAUCAACAGAUCGAUCAGAUGGAGGUAAAAUGUCUUCACUGUGAAACGUUAAACAGCAGCAGAACUGAUCUGCUGAACUAAGUGAUGAAUUGGGUUUUAAAUGUAAAAUAUCUUCAUGUUUUUUUCCGAAUGAUGACGUGCUCCUGAGUACAAAUUAAACAGCAGAUAUUGGAGCUGCACUAGGAAUUCAUGUUUUUUUAAUACGUUUUGGAAAUGUUAUAAUAAAACCUGAGUAUAUAUUUGGUCUGGAGAAAGGAUAAAUCAUGAGCAUGUGCAGCGUAUCAUCCAGGAAGCCGACUGCUUCGGGUCACCAUCCAAUACUGUAUGUCUUAGUGCUGCCUGGACGAAUCAAUGCCUUUGUAUAAUAAGCCUGUAAAUUCUGGCUGUUGAUGAACUGUUAAAUCCUGACUGCAGAAAAUGGAGUAAAACGUUUUGCUCACCGGGCCUUUAUUUUGCUUCUUUUAUUUUGUUCCAUUGAGCAAACAACGCGGCUAGUCCACCACAACCACACUGAGCGGACACAGCUACAGAAUGUGAGCACAACAUCUUGAGUUAAAGUUCGUAACAGUACCAAAUAGCAGGAUCUAUAUACACUUUAAAUUGAGUUGUUUUGCCAAAAUGUUUACUCGCAAUAUUGAAGAGACUUGUUUUCCUUCCUAAACAUUUCGUUGUUGAUGGCUACAGCUUGGACUACGGUGUUCUAGACCAAUUUGAUAUGACCCCUCAAAUCAUGCCAUUAAGUUGUCUGUAGUGAGCGCCUGUAAUGAAAUUGUAAUUAUUACUAAAAUCAUAUGAAUAUAUGAAAUAUUUAAAUACACAAUGUACAGUUAAUAGUUGGUUUUGAAUAAAUGUAACAUAAGUUUUCUUGACCAAUU